CGGAUCGUCCUCUUGAUGCGAGCAUUCAUUGUCCGACCGUACGACCAACGAACAACAUCCACCAUGAAGUUGGUGACGAUUUGUCUCUUAUGGCUCGCCAUUCUUGUUGGCCACUCUGCAGCUCAAGAGGACACGGAAGACGAAAUCAUCAAGUUCAGGGACUUUAAGAGGAGACACAGGAAGACGUACAGCGGAGCAUUGGAAAAGGUGCACUUUAGACGUUGGAAAAAGAGGAAGGCUAUCAUCGACCAACAUAACCUCAACCAGCGAAAUUCUUUCAUUUUGGGGGACAACAUGCACGCAGAUCUCAGCGAAGAGGAAUGGGAUACGUACCUGUUGGGCCUUACCUUACCUAAAGGAUUAAUCAACAAGGAAGAAGUGGUCGAUGUGUUGGCUGCAGGGAAUGUCACCAACCGUCAAACCAGCGGUCUCUCGCUCGAUUUACGUAGCAAUCCGUGCAUGCCACCAGUCAAGAUCCAGUCUCCUUGUGGUGGAUGUUGGGCUUUCAUUGCCACUACGGCCGUCGAAUAUCAGACGUGCGCCGCCAGUAACAGGACAAGGACCCCGCUGAUAUUGAGCGAACAGCAGCUGAUUGAUUGCAGUGCCAGUUACGGCACCAAAGGAUGCAACGGUGGCUUCUACUCGCAAGCCUGGGACUACAUCAUGGCCAUUGGUGGACAGGCGAGCAAUGCCUCUUAUCCUUACAGAGCAGCGGUUGGUACGUGCAACUUUAUUAAAGACGUCACGCCGGUGGCGGGAAAACUGUCACGAUACUCUUCGUUGGCUAGAAACGAAACAGCUAUACUAUUAGCCAUGCAAAGAGGACCGAUUGCUGUUUCCAUUGCGACCAAUCCCAGAUUCGUUCUGUACAGAUCGGGCAUUUUCGACGAUGACGCGUGCAAGAAUGGAACAAUCAACCACGGUGUCAUGUUAGUCGGUUACGGCACGGCCAACGGCACCGAUUAUUGGAUAGUGCGCAAUUCGUGGGGGACUUCUUGGGGUAUGGGUGGUUACAUAUUCAUGAAGCGUAACGUCAACGCCUGUCGCUUAGCCGAAUACGCCUUCCUUGCCACGGUCUAAUUCGAUCGCAUCACAUUUAUGGAACUCAAUUAACUAUCGAUUUUUAUUUCCACAAUCAUACGCGUAUACAGCUCACUGUUUGUUCUUCCAAAUAUAGCACUUGUCGGAUCUUGCAAAGCAAGAGCAUCUAAUCAAA